GCUUGGAUAGCACGAAGUUCUCUCUCUUCUUCUUCUCUUGUAAAUCGCAGAAAAACAGAAAAGAGUAAAUCGGUGGAUUUUUAGGCAAAGUCGGUUCUUGACAUAACAGAAACUCUGGAUAUUCUAUCUUCUCCCGUCCUUGGCGACGGUGGUUAUGCCGCUUGGCUUUCUGGGUGUGCCGGGCUUGGAACCAAAGAGCUGUGAUAUAUUUCCCAAGACAUGGAGCAAGUACGCCUUCUGUCAAACUGCCACCAGUACCGAGUCUUUUCUUUCCAGGAAGUGCUUGACUGGAGAUUUCUUGUCCUUGGAGAUUUUCUUCUGGUUUCCUUUGUUAAUUGCACUUAGUGGUCAGUUCUGCUUAAAUGAUCAGUACAAGAGACGUGAUGCUAGCUACUUCUAAGUUCGGUGUUGGAUCUAUAGUGCAUGCUGCAUUGCUGAUACAACAUCCACUUGAAUUUUCUGGGAAAACUUCUUCAGGGGGGUGAAGUCUGCUGAUCUGUGACUGAAGAUCUCUACAUAGUUAAUAUUAGAUAAUCAGUUACGCCAAACAAAGCCUGUGCAGACUCUUUAUUACAUAGCUAUUAUUUUCUUGUUACUCUUGAUGGGUGCUGUGAGAAGCAAGAUAUCGAUUCCACACUGAUAUUUACUUCGUAUAGAUGAGAAGCUAUUAGUUAAGUUUAUGAAAGUUGGGUGACACUGUCUUGAGUUGGAGUCAUUCUUGGUGGUGGUACCAAUCGCUCUGUUCUGGUUUUAAAUCAGUAUCGAUAUGUCCUGUGGUACUUGUCCUUUCUUGCCAUCCAUGCCAUUUUGUAGUCUUGAAGCCGCGGAGUUAGUAAUGAAUAAGGCUGUGCAGCCCAUCCACCAUAAGAUUUCUGGUUUUGUGCUCUUGCAUAUCUCCUCAGAUUAAUGUUGGAUUGAGCUGGACCAGCAGGGCAGUUGUUUAUAUCUUACAGUGUUUUUUAAGGAUCAUCUUCUGAAGAUAAAUGCCAUUUAUCUUUUGCGAGUCUUUAUGCUUUCACUGAAUAAAGAAAGAGCUGCUUUGUGUUCCUCUGGAAGAAUGGAGAGGUACAAGUUAAUAAAGGAAGUUGGUGAUGGAACAUUUGGGACUGUGUGGCGAGCUAUUAAUAAGCAGACUGGUGAAGUUGUUGCAAUCAAAAAAAUGAAGAAAAGAUAUUAUUCGUGGGAGGAGUGCAUAAGUCUUCGAGAAGUUAAGUCAUUGCGUAGAAUGAGUCAUCCAAAUAUUGUGAAGCUCAAGGAAGUCAUCAGAGAACAUGACAUCUUGUACUUUGUGUUUGAAUAUAUGGAGUUUAAUCUGUACCAGCUAAUGAAAGAUAAGGAAAAGCUUUUCCCUGAAGCUCAAGUCAGAAAUUGGUGUUUUCAAGUUUUUCAAGGCCUUGCUUACAUGCAUCAGCGUGGAUAUUUUCAUCGUGACCUUAAGCCAGAGAACUUGUUGGUUACCAAAGAGUUGAUCAAAAUUGCUGACUUUGGUCUUGCACGGGAAAUUGAAUCCCAACCACCAUACACUGAAUACGUGUCGACACGCUGGUACCGAGCUCCUGAAGUGCUGCUUCAGUCAUACCUGUAUAGCUCUAAAGUUGAUAUGUGGGCGAUGGGUGCAAUCAUGGCUGAGUUGUUUAGUCUUCGCCCUCUCUUUCCGGGUGUUAGUGAAGCAGAUGAGAUACACAAGAUUUGCAGUGUGAUUGGCACUCCAAACAAGGAUACAUGGGCUGAUGGGCUUCGUCUUGCAAGGGAUAUCAACUACCAAUUUCCACAGUUUGCUGGUGUGCAUCUUUCUUCUCUGAUUUCAUCCGCUAGUGAUCAUGCAAUUAGCCUCAUUAGAUCACUUUGUUCUUGGGACCCUUCCAAGAGGCCAACAGCUGCAGAGGCUCUCCAGCAUCCUUUCUUCCAGAGUUGCUAUUAUGUUCCACCAUCCCUUCGUCCCAAAACGACUGCUAGGACACCACCAUUUGCCGGAACAAGGGGAGCAUUGGAGCAGCAAUCUGCUAGAAAGGUCUCUGGGACAUUAUCCAAUUCAAAGCUCACUAGUAGUUUUCCGUCUCCAAAGUUGCAUGCUUCUAUAGGCACUGGUGUGCACCGCAAACUGGAUAUGGCUAACCAGGAUGCUAAAAAGAAUGAUAAAUACUUGAAGAGCUCUACCAAUCAACAAAAAUAUCGUCCCCCUGGAAAGAGCAGUCCCACAGCCUCUGUGAACAAGGGAAGGGUUGCACGUGGAGUUUCAGAUGCAUCUGAGAAGCUAACGAACAUGACAAUUGGUUCCCGCAGGCAAUCUGUGGGGCAACCUCUGCGCCCACCUCCCAUGAAAGCUGGAGCCCAAUGGAUUGGCGAGACAGGAAACUUGUAUCUCAGGCCCGUUCAAGAGAUCCAACCUGGCAGAGCCUAUUCUCGGAAAGUCGCGGGAUGAGCGACGAGCGACGAGCGGCUCCUUUUAAAGCUAUAUAUGUAUUAUCUACCGUUCCUCUGGUAUCUAUCACCUGCUGCUGUUACGUGGAAUCGUCCGGAGUUUCAUGUCACAACUGGACUAUAUAUCUGCCUUGGCAUUUGGUUCUAGUGUGUAAUAAGUUUUUAAUGUGGUGGCAUGAUGUGCUGCCUAGUUUAUUACGAGUGUAUUGUGUAUUGGUUCAGUUCCAUGCAGUUGUGUUAUAAACAAUGACCUGUUGCUUCUGAACACUGUCCUGGUUUCAGUGGUUUACCAGAGAAUAAAUUGAAGCAAAUGUUUGAAUAAGAUAAUUUUCAGUGUUCGCGAUUCGUUACUGGCA